AUGCGUUUCCAAGGAAUACUCAUUAUUUUCUUGGGAUUGUUCGCUGGAGCGUUUGGAUUGUUUCAAUCGUCCAUAAGGGGAAUCGCUACUGUAGACGCCAGCACAGGUCAAAUCAUUUGGGUUCCGGUGCCAGACGACGACUAUUGGAGUUCAAGGGUUAUGAAAAGGAUAUGCGUGUUUUGCCGAGGCCAUGACAGGAUCUAG